GGCAAUCAGCUGAUUGGAGGGAGCAAACACCAUUUUGAUUUGAGUGGGGGAAUAAAUACAAAUUUUGUUAAACUUAAGCAUGAGCCAAACUGCUUUUCCGGCCAAGUGGCGCACCUCGGCCAGUGUGAUCCUGGUGUCUCGAGAUGCUGGCGAAAGCAAGGAUUACAAGUUGUUAAUGCUUAAACGCAGUGAUGUCACGGCAAUGAUGAUCAACCAGACCGUAUUCCCAGGUGGACUCCUUGACAAGGCCGAUGAGAGCGUGGCCUGGCUGCAGUACCUGGAGGAGUUUGGGGUCCCGCAGGAGGCACUGCGAAGACUAGUGCUCAUCCGCGAUGACCGUCCAGCCAUCCUGGCACCCCAGGGCACCGGCUGCUACGAUAGGUUCUUCAAGCGCUCCAGCAUUUGGUCGCGGGAGAUUACACUGCGACUCACCGCCGUGAGGGAGUGCUUCGAAGAGGUGGGUCUGCUGAUGUGCCGCAACCGAAGUCAGCUGGACUUUGGUGGCGUGAUCUGUGUGCAGGAUGUGCCCGAUCUGGAGGAGUGGCAGCGACGGGUGCACGACAAGCCCAGCGAGUUCCUGACCCUAUGCCGGGAGCUAAAGGUGGUGCCGGAUUUGUGGGCCCUGCACGAAUGGUCCGCCUGGGGGAGUCCGGGAUUCAUGCGCUAUGGCCACGAGACGGUUUUCUUUAUGGCUUUUGUGGACAAGCAGCCCAAACUGCUGGCGGAACCUUCGGAGGUUAAGGAGACGCUGUGGCUGAUACCGAAAGAACUGCUGGAACUGGUCGAUCACGGUGAAAUUUGGUUGCUUCCGCCACAAGUCUACGAAUUAUCGCGACUAAUCGGAGUCAAGGAGUACCAGAAUCUUUUGGAUUUUGCCAUCAAGCGCAGCAGAUUAGGCACUACUAUGUAUCUGCCGGUGGGUUAUGACUGCCAGGGAUCUGUGGUUUUUGUUCUACCAGGCGAUGACUUCUAUUUGCCAGAGCCGCACUUGGUUCACAAAAUAAUCGGUUUUUCUGGAUCAGAAGAAGAGUUUAGAGGUCGUUCGAAGCGUCUGCAUCGUUAUACCUACGGACCAUCAAUUCAGAGCCUGGAUUUAAAUUUUGCCCCGCCCAAUGGACAUUUAAAACCGCUGAAAUUUCAACAGGAGCGCCAAAAGCUGUAAUCACAUUCCGUAGCUAGCCAUCGACGCGAGUGGUGACCCCAGCUGCUAAGCUCUGAUAAGAUGCUAAAUGUGACCCCUGAAAUGCGGCAGUCACAAAUUGUUGUUUUGAAAUUAUUCUAAGCGGCUUUAGCCGGCCAUCAAAUUAUCAAGACGCUGGCCCUAAAGGACAUUAAUUAUUAUUUUAUUGGAGAAAUCUUAAUUAAAAAAUGUACAGUUUAAGUUUAAGUUGGUCGUAAGUUUGCUUAAGAUGAAGAUGCCCCCUUUCGGUUAUGCCUUUUUGAUGGUUAGCACAUCAAAAGCGCAAUCCCAUGCAUAUUCAUGUCCUCCCCUUGAAACCGCAAAUCGGAGUGGGAAUUGAAUUGAUAUAAGAGGGGGAGUACCACAAGCUCAGACAGAAUAUAAUUUCAUCCCAUUAGAAA